CGGCUAGCUGCUAGCUGCCUGCCUGUCUGUCUGAUGUAACGUUAGCAAAGACUAGCCGCUGUCAAGCCCCCAGCUCUCCCUGAAACGUGUUGGGGUUCCUGCUCAGAGUCCAUGUUUUUAGCUCGCUCCUUGUUUAAGAUGUCGAGUCACAAUCCUUUGUUGAGGCUGGAGCAGCGGGCGGCCGAGGCAGACCAGAUCAUCGAGUACUUGAAACAGCAAGUCCUGCUGCUAAAGGAGAAAGCCAGCGUCCAAGCCAGUGUCAGAGAAGAGAAGAAACUGAUGGUGGAGAACGCCAAACUGAAGAAUGACAUCGAGGAGCUAAAAAAACAGCUGCUGGAAAAAGAGAAGAAGAGGGGAGUGCCGUCAGUGGCCAUGCCAUUGGGGGACAACAGUGUGGAGUGCAUUUCGAAGCCCUCCGCUCCCUCUGGACCAGCACCCUCUGCCUCCCCUGCUGCUGCAGUCCAGAGCCCCCCUCCCAAAGACGAGAGUAAAAAGAAGAAGCCAGAGAAGAAAGGAGGGGAGAAGGCAGAGAAGAAGCCGGCCGCCCCCAGCCAAGAAGAUGCCAAGGUGGACGUGUCUCGUCUGGACCUGCGUGUCGGACGUAUAAUCACGGCAGAGAAGCACCCAGAUGCUGACAGUCUGUACGUAGAGCAGGUCGAUGUGGGAGAAGCUUCUCCAAGGACAGUGGUCAGCGGGCUGGUCAAGCACAUACCUCUGGACCAGAUGCAAAACCGCAUGGCAGUCCUGCUGUGUAACCUGAAGCCAGCCAAGAUGAGAGGAGUGGUGUCCCAGGCUAUGGUCAUGUGUGCCAGCUCGCCAGACAAGGUCGAAAUCCUCGACCCUCCGAGUGGAUCGGUACCAGGGGACAGACUUACCUUCCAGGGCUUUCCAGGUGAACCGGACAAAGAGCUGAAUCCCAAAAAGAAGGUGUGGGAGCAGAUUCAGCCGGACCUACGCACAGACGGCCAGUUUGUUGCAACCUACAAGGGAUCGGCCUUUGAAGUCGCAGGCAAGGGAGUGUGCAAAGCUCAAACCAUGAGCAACAGUGGAAUCAAAUAAAAUAAAUUAAAAAAAACAGAGCUGCUUGAAAUAGCUCCAUGUUUACUUGGCAGUCAUCAGCAGCAAUGGCAACGGUGGUGUUGAGAAACAGGAGGGCGAUGAAUGGAAGUAAAAGCUUUGAAGAUGUUUAAUAAAGGGAUUUGAAAAUA